CUCGACGUCUCCAUCAUCCAUCAUGAGUGUGACCAGCCUGCCCUCACAGUCCUUUCCGCAGGCGCACAGACGGCGCCUCUACAUUCUUCUGGCGGUCGCCAUCGCCGUACUCCGCACGUCGCAACUCCCGUCCGCCUCGUCCGCCCGCGACGUCGUAACACUGAAGGCAUGGCGCGAUGCCCGCAAGGCGCGCUUCAACGAGCAGCGACGGCGCGAGCGAGAAACACCUCUCAACACGCCCGCGCUGGAGAAGAAGCUUGUCGACCUCUAUAUUACUGAUCCGUCCGGCUCGCGCACCCUCCUCAUACCUCACCGCGGCCGUAUAUCCAAGGUGCGGAUUACGCCCACUCCUGCAGAGACAUAUGAGGCGAACCGCGCCCUGUUCCCGCCUCUCAAGGCCGGCGAGAAACUCGGCGUAAACAAACGCUUCUGGCAGAUGCUUCGCGCAGUCCUCGCAGUAGCAUUUCCGAGUAAAACGGGCAAGGAGGCAUUCCUACUGCUGCUGCACACGUUCUUCCUUGUUGCACGCACGUAUCUCAGUGUGCUGGUCGCGCGCCUAGAUGGGCGCAUCGUCCGCGAUUUGGUAUCCGCAAACGGCAAGGGCUUCCUGCGCGGCCUGGGCUGGUGGUUUGUCCUUGCGUUGCCUAGCACGUACACGAACUCGAUGAUUCGCUAUCUCGAGCACAAGAUCGCCUUGGCAUUCCGUACUAACCUCACUCGCUACAUCCACGACAUUUAUCUUAAUCAAAACCUCAACUACUACAAGUUUGGUCUUGGGCUGGGUGUGACGGCCAACUCGCCUACUACGAAGGUCGCGGACGGCGAGAAGCAGACUGGCCGGAAAGGGGACCAGAAGGAGAAGGGAGAGGCUGCCGAUGCCGCUGCGGGUGGUGCUGACCAACUCAUUACCACCGAUCUCGCACGGUUUUGCGAGACCCUCGCUGCGCUCUAUGGCAACAUGGGCAAGCCAUUCCUUGACAUGGUCAUUUUCACCUCACAGCUCGCAGCAUCUCUCGGCCCCGCCGGGACAGCAGGUAUCUUCUUGCAAUACUAUUUCACCGCAUGGGUUCUCAAGAAGGCCACGCCCGCAUUUGGCCGUAUGGCAACGACCGAGGCACGCAUCGAGGGCGAGUACCGGACUGGGCUGGGCCGUGUCGGCCGCGACUCCGAGGAGAUUGCCUUCUACGAUGGAGGCAAGCGCGAGCUAGGCAUCCUGUGGACGACUUACCAGAAGCUGUCCAAGCACAUUCACACCAUCUUCAAAGCCCGCAUUCCCUACGGCAUGACGGAGGACUUCGUCAUUAAGUACUGUUGGUCAGCAGUGGGGUACUGCCUCAUGUCCAUUCCGGUUUUCUUCCCCGUCGCUCGGCAUGUCACCGGUGUUUCGGAAAAUACUAAGCACAGCGAGGAUAACGACAUUGCGUCGCGUACUGAGAGCUACGUCUCCAAUCGCCGCCUGCUGCUGUCGCUCGGUGACGCUGGCGGUCGCCUCAUGUACUCGGGCAAGGAGCUGGCUGAGCUUUCCGGCUACACCAGCCGCGUGUACUCGCUCCUGGCCUCGCUACACGCGUUGGACAACAACGAUUACCCGAAAAACCCUCGCCCGGCAUCGCUGCCUCCUAACAUGCCAUUCUACGAUCUCGGCAAUGUUAGGGGGUCAGUAGUCGUGGGCCGGAACCACGUUCUUCUCAAGGGCGUGCCAAUUGUGGCACCAGCUGGCGGCGCCGCUGGCGCCGAGCGUGGUGGCGAGGAGCUUAUCCACCGCCUCGAUCUCCGCGUUGAGAAGGGCGAGCACACGUUGAUCACCGGCGCCAACGGAUCGGGCAAGACCUCGAUUGCGCGCGUUGUGGGCGAGUUGUGGCCUACUUGGUCGGGCCUCCUUGAGCGCCCAGAGCAGGGCGAAGGCGGUAUCUUUUUCCUGCCUCAGAAGGCGUACCUUUCCAUUGGCAGCCUCCGUGAUCAGGUCAUCUACCCACACACGUACGCCGAGAUGAAGGCACGAGGCCGGACAGACGCCGAGCUCAUGAACAUCCUCGAGCACGUCCACCUCGCCUACCUUCCCGCGCGCGAAGGCGGGUGGGAGACACGCAAGGAGUGGAAGGACGUGCUUUCGGGCGGCGAGAAGCAGCGCAUGGGCAUGGCCCGUCUUUUCUAUCACCGGCCAAAGUUCGCCGUGCUUGACGAGUGCACGUCUGCGGUGUCUACUGACGUCGAGGGGCUCAUGUACGAGCACGCCAAGUCGAUAGGCAUCACUCUUAUCACAAUCUCCACCCGCGCCUCGCUGCUCAAGUACCACAAUCGUCACCUGCGACUCGGCGAGCCCACGCUCGCUCCCUCGCUGUCGUCCGUCAACCUGCGCGACGCAAUUGGCACGCCAUCGACUCCUCUCGCCUCACAGGGCUGGCAGCUCACCAAGCUUGCAUCAAGCACAGCUGAGGAGAAGCUCGAGGUUGACAAGGAGAUCGAGCGCCUCGAGCGCGUGCUCAAUGUCGAGGUUGACCUGUGGGAGCAGCGCCUCAAGCAGGUCAACAAGGAGCUCCGUGGGGGACAGUAGACCUGGAGAUGAGAAACGGAGAGCGUCGUGUUGUAUAUGGUCGAAUAUGAAGAUGUCACAGACAAGAACUGCAUAAAGA